CGUGGAUUUCAUUUUCUCUGCGCACUUCGAACUGAUCGCUCGUAUCGCUCCCGGGACUCGAAAACCGAAUUCCGACCUCUAAUCGAACCCAAAUCCGAAACCCAACAAUCGCCGGACUUCGACUUCGACUCGAAUUCCUUUUACGCGCUAACUUAUUGAACACUUGAAGGGCACAUUAAGUUCUGAAAAUUACGACUUUAGCAUAUUGUGUUUGUGUUUAAAGAGCAAAGUGUAAACAAUCCGGAAGAAUUAUUCCCCAAACUGACGAAAAUGGGUCGCCUGUUCCAAUACAAUCGCUUUGGCGCCACGGAUAGCAUCAACAAAAACAUCAGCAAAAAGGAUACUCAGCACAAGAACAAGAUGCUACGUAAUGCCAUCAAAUGUCCAGGCUACUCGGACAUCUAUGGCCAGUACAAUAAGGACGCGUCCUUCGAGAAGUGCCAACAAUGGAGCGACAAGCUGGAAUUUCCAGUUGCCGGAGAUAUGGAUAAACAAGAACCGAUCCAGAGUCGCACGCACAAGGUCUACGACAGCAUGAAGAAUUUCCUGCAGCGCAAACUCUUCGCACAACCCUCGCAAAAGGAACAGACCUUGAACGAAGAACCCACAAGCGACUAUGAUGAGCAGGACCUUCUCGACUCCUCGUACCACGCCGACGCGGAGGAAGAGGAGGAGGAACGCGAUGCGGACUGCAGCUGCAGCUCCACUGGAAGUAGCACCACCAGUAGCAACCCAACCACGCCCAAACGCUCGCCCCAAAAGUCCUUACUUUCCCUCAACUGCUGGCAGAGCAGUCAGCCGAGCAGUGACUCCAAUCCUGAAGAGGAGGAGGAGGAGGAGGAUACAAAGGAGGACUCCGACGCUGGGAUAUCCGAUUGCUGUCAACUGUUGGCUGAGAGCUCCCCCAAUUCCUUGAGCAAACGCCGCAGAGCCGCCCCUCUGUUCACCAGAUACAUCAGUGCCAACCAAAAUUCUGAUGAUGAUGAUGACGAAGAGCCGGAGCUGCUGGCGUGUCCUUGGUAUCAGCCCAGGAUUACGGCAAAGGCCGCUUUGGAAUACCUGCAGCCGGCCACACCUGGAAGCUUUCUCCUGCGCCGCAGCACUCCGCGACAUUUCGAACUGGUCCUGCGACUCGAAAGGAGCAACAAAGUCAAGACCUAUGCUGUGCAGUCCACCCGGAAUCAGAUGUACCGCCUGAAAGGAGCCAAGAAGCAGUUUACCAGCCUGAAAGCCCUCAUCACGCACCAUUCCGUGAUGGCCGAACAACUGCCAUUGACACUGGAUUUGCCCAGGGAGCGUCAUGUGGUGAAACCCCCAUCAGUGCGCUAUGCAGAUGACUUCGAACCCCUGGAAUCCCUGCAGCUACUCGGCAUCCUCAAGAGUCUGCAGGCCAAAAGCAUCGAGAUAUAGGAAAUAAUUAAUAAGCGGGGUAUCAAGGGGCGGGCAUAAUAAUAUCGAACUGCAAAGGGAACGAUAGGUGAAAGUAAUUAGGAAUUUGUUUUGUUCUAUGCAUAAGUACAUGUGAUAUAGUUUACGGACUUGCGGGCUGAGCAACCCUCGAAUUUAGUUAAGGUUUACCAACUAAUUGAAAUAUUUUGUAUCCGACGUAGGCUAAGUUUUCUAUUGUGAAAGUGAAAUAUGAAUAAAAAUCGAACAAUGGCAUUCAGCGAAAACGCAA